GACGUGGCGUCAGUUUCGCGCAUGCGCGGAAAAUCGUGUUUCCGGGACUUACUCUUGUCAGUGUUGUCACACGUGAAGGAAUAUGGCAUCGAACUGUAAUGUGAAGAUUGGAAUUAUUGGUGGUUCAGGUUUGGAUGACCCAGAUAUACUGGAGGGAAGAACAGAACAGUAUGUUGUCACACCAUUUGGCAAGCCAUCUGAUGCGCUGAUUUUGGGCAAAAUAAAAAACGUUGAUUGUGUACUUCUUGCAAGGCACGGGAGACAACACACCAUCAUGCCCACAAAUGUCAAUUACCAGGCUAAUAUUUGGGCAUUGAAGGAAGAGGGGUGUACACACUUGUUGGUCACCACAGCCUGUGGUUCUCUUAGAGAGGACAUCCAGCCUGGAGACAUUGUCUUGAUCGAUCAGUUCAUUGAUAGAACAACAAAACGCGCUGAGACAUUUUAUGAUGGGCAGCCCACCAGCCCCACAGGAGUAUGUCACAUCCCUAUGGCUGAACCCUUCUGCAGUAAAACUAGAAAGGUGCUACUAGAGAUCGCCCAAGGACUAGGUGUAAAGUGUCACCCUCGUGGGACUAUGGUGACCAUAGAAGGGCCACGUUUCUCCUCUCGGGCAGAGAGCCUUAUGUUUAGACAAUGGGGUGCUGAUGUCAUUAACAUGACAACUGUACCGGAAGUGGUUCUUGCCAAGGAGGCUGGCCUGUGCUAUGCUAGUAUUGCAAUGGCAACUGAUUAUGACUGCUGGAAAGAGCACGAAGAAGCGGUGUGUGUGGACAAUGUUCUGAAAACCAUGAAAGAGAAUGCAAAUAAAGCUAGCAGCAUUCUGCUCACUGCUAUACCUCAGAUCUACCAGAUGGACUGGGAAAGCACAAUAAAUGCACACAAAUUGAUGUCACAGUCUUCAGUAAUGUUGCCCAAACAUUAAGGCACAUUGCCAUCAAGGAGACACCAAGUUGUGAUGUUCAUGUUGGUAUGACACUCAUUCCACUUAUAGCUUCAAUUUAUUGAAGGCUGUGUGAUUUGUUUGUCAACCACAAUGACAUCAAAUAUGUGCACAGAUUAGAGUUGGUAAAAACAGUCAUUUGCAUGUAUGAAAGCAUUUUAGAGAGCAUGGUCAGAACUUUUGAUAUCACAUUUUUACAUUACGUUACAUUAUUUUAUGCAUAAGAAAUACCUUGUAUUUUUGGUUAGACGCAAAGCUAAAUGCAAUUCUCUUAUUACAAUAAAUUACGGUUGUUUUUCCUGAA